AAUUUUAAUUUCUGAAAUUUCUGUCAUUUUGUUGGUUGAAAUGUCCCUUGAAGGUAGCAGUGGUGUGGACGUGUUAUUUGCCUCUACAUUUCAUUAUUCCCACUACCUGCAGUGGCAGUUAAAACGCAUGUGAGGCUGUGCAGGUCCGACCUUGAGUCACAUCUUCACAGUAUAGCUUUUCAACCCUGCCUACCCACGGAUUUCCAGUCUCUUGGCUGCUCCCUGUCGCUAUGGCUAAUUCCUUAGGAACCGGUGGAUCCAGUUUGAUCUAUUCCUCUCUUUCUUUCUUUCUUUCCCUUCGCCAACUUGUUGAGUCUUCCCCCCACGGUGUUCCUACUGUAAAAAAAAAAGUGCGCUGUCCUACGGCUCACUUUAUAUUCGUGCGAUUUCUGGAGAAAUGUCGCAAGUUUGAAUCAAGUUGGGUGUAGAGUUGGGACUGUGUCGGCGUCGCUUUUAAAGUGGAAAACUCGACGGGACGCGCACAGAAGAAGCUUUGUCACCUGGAGGUGGAGACAACUUACCACCCCCUCCCACCGUCCUUGACUGAAAUUACCAAAUCUUUUUGCACAGGGGAGACACUUGAAGCACUCCCAAAGAACUUGAAAUGGAGGCUCCCGAUGGUUACUGUGCUAGUAACGGCCAAUGCUCUCCCGGUAAGGAGAACUCGAGAAUGUUGGCGGAUACAUCAACACCUAAUGGACAGACAGUUCCUCAGGGUCCUAAUUCCCCCAGUGAACUGACAAUUAAGCAAGAGGAAGAAACAGCGGAGGAGGCUGACAACAGAAGCCCGGGACUUGGUGAAAUAGGCGAAACUGGGGAGGAAGGAGUAGCAUUGGAGGAAUCCAUGACUGGCAGCCCAAGCAAUUUACAGGAUGGAUUAUCUGAGCCAAACAUGACAGCUGAUGCAGGAAGUCGACAACCAAACGGUGACAGGCCGUUCCAGUGUAACCAGUGUGGCGUCUCAUUCACCCAGAAGGGAAACCUGCUGCGACACAUCAAGCUGCACACAGGCGAAAAACCCUUCAAAUGCCCCUUCUGCAGCUACGCCUGCCGGCGGCGCGAUGCCCUCAGUGGGCAUUUGCGCACUCAUGCUGUUGGCAAACCACACAAGUGUAACUACUGUGGGCGAAGCUACAAACAGCGCACUUCCCUGGAGGAACAUAAAGAGCGCUGCCAUAGUUACCUGCAGACUAUCAGCUUGGAUCCCAACACCAGCACUGGCCCUUACACAGGUGAGGUCCCUAAAGAGCCGAGGCCCAUGGCAGAGCCCAACACCAUGGCUACCUUUGAUCGGCCGCCUGUUAUUGAAAGGCUGCACAGCAACAUGGGCAAGAGGAAGAGUACCACGCCUCAGAAAUUUGUGGGUGAAAAGAUGGUACGCUACAGGUACCCUGAACUAGGCUAUGAGAUGGGCCUAAAGUAUGAGAAGCAACAUGAACUGAUGUCGGCCCACAUGAUGGAUCAGGCCAUCAGCAAUGCCAUAACAUACCUAGGAUCGGACACUCUUCGGCCCAUGCUGCACCAUCCAGGCCCUCCUAUCUCUAUGGCUGAAGGUGUGCCCAUGGUCACCCCCCUCUUCCACCAUGUCCUGCCAUUGGGCCAACGAACAGAGCGUCCAGGAAACUGUGACACGCUGCCACCACAGCCACCUCAGCCCCAUGACUUCCCCAGCCAUCCCACCACAAAUGGUCCCACUGCUUUAACCAGGCAGGGCAAACUGCGCCAGCCAGGGCAAGAAGAAUCUCCCAGCAACAGUGGAGUUGAUUCUGCUGACUCAGCUCGCAGCAGCCCUCACGAGAGGCAGGGCUACCACGGGAACAACCCCACUCCCGGCCUCAGGUCUCGAGCCAGUCCAGCGGUGGUUUAUUCAGGUGAGCGGGUGACAGAAGCAUCACCCAGAAGUGUGGCAGGAAUGAGGACUGGAAUAAUGCGAGUGGCCACAGAGAGGCCUGUGAACCAGGAAGGGGUGCGGGUGUUUGGACGAGAGGGCCAAGAGUUGCGAGCCUUCCAGUGCGAGCAUUGUCGGGUGCUCUUCCUGGACCAUGUCAUGUACACCAUCCACAUGGGUUGCCACGGAUACAGAGAACCAUUGGAGUGCAACAUCUGUGGUCACCGCAGCAAAGACCGCUAUGAGUUCUCCUCUCACAUAGUUCGUGGUGAACACACCUUCCAGUAAGAGGAUGGGUAUGAAUUAAGGGAAAGACAAAGAAGGGAAAGGAGCAAUAGCCUCAUAUUCGUUCUUAGACUGCACAGUUGAACGGCACUGUGGACAAGUGUAGCACAAUCAUAGCAUAGACUUCUUUUUAAGCUGCUUAUUGUGAAUCUGAACAGUUGAACAAUCAAAUGAAGGUAUGGGACAAAAACACAUUUUCUACAUAUUUAAGAUUAUCAAGAUCAUAUAAGAUUCAUAUACAAGAAGGAUAUAUAUGAAUGUUCAUGAUUUGUAUAACAGAGCAGCUGUCAGACGACAUUAACUAGUUUUCCAUUUUAGUCUUAUUUGGAAAUGUCUCUUGUUUUGCUUGUCCUGUCAUGCUUUUGCAUAUUUUCACUCUCAAGAAGUAAUGAACGCAUACAAAUGCAGUUCAACCAAAUAGAAUGAUGGCAGAGGUAAAGACUUCAGGUAGUGUCUAAUUCAAUUGAAUAAUAAUACUACCAUUCAUGAAUUCAUUCAUGGGCAUAAUAACAGUAUGGCAUUGAACUGGCCUACUUACUGUGGCAUAUCACACAGUAUCUGUGCAGUUUUCUUUUUCUUUCUUUUUUUAUGAUGUUUCCAUGUUUGUUUUUCCUAUGAACAAUGGUGGGACACACAUAAUGUUAUGGUCAACUGGUGCUUUGUGUUCUAGCUGCAAGCAACUUGGUGGCUAUUUGGACUUUAUUGCCGGUGGUGUGGUUGUCUGUGGUUGUAUCUAUCUGCAGCUGUAGAAAUUUGACCAGUCAUGCUAUCAUCUUCAGUAUUUAGUUCUGCUUUAGUAUUGCAGUGUAUAACAGCAUAAUUUAAAGGGGCCGUAAGUAGGAUUGUAGUAGGACUUAGACUUAAAAAAAUUUGAACAUCGACAACUUCUCAGUCCCUCCCCCCUUUCCGCUAAAGCCCAAAACGGUCUCCUAAGCCCCUCCCCCCACAAGGGAGAAUGAAUGUGUGCUAGCUGGUAGCAGAAAACUACCUCUUAACAAUCACUUUGUAAAAUUCAGCUGAUGUGAUAGCGUUAAUUAAUACACUUUGGCUGACAUAUUGCAUAAUAGGGCUGUUUUUUCAUUGUCUUUGCUACACUUGAGUAAUGGGCCAGCCUAUGCUAGCAGGCAAUGCUAGCGGUGCUAGCUAGCUAACUGAGGUUAUAUUUACUAUCACCACCCAAUAUUUUUUACAAUUAUCACAAACAGAUCACAAACAUGUUUACAUUCAUCUGCACAAGAAGCAUUUUCAAUUAAACUUUUAAAUAUAAUGCAUUUGGAGUUCAUUAAUUUAAUGAAAUGAUAAAAUACACUCAACUCAACUUUAUUUACAUAGUAAAUAUAAAACAUUUUACACUUAAAAGUGUCAUGUGACCCACAUUUGUAAAUCUUUAUAUCUCAGUCUCAUGAAACUGCGUUUGUUGCUUGUAUUGACACUUAUCUAUCUCCAGGGUUAUAAGCCUCUGUUUAGUUUGCACUUACAAGGUAGAACUAUUAAUUGAUCAUGAAGAAAAACCACAAUGAAAGGAAAACACAAGUACAGGAAGUGCACAACAUCUAUGGUAAUGAUAUUUGUCAGCCCUGUGCCCCAAAAAAGUUCAAUAGCCAUGUUUUUCUCAUCUGCCAAGGUAAUGUAUUCUUCACACAAAUAACCAAAUAGCCGUUUCGCUGGUUGCUCCUAUAGAAAAUGAUUAUCCCCUGGUGACUCAUGGGUUAGGUGUUGCUUGCAGUUUGAGCGUACAGUUAGAUUCCUAAACUAGUAUCAUGGUUUGUUUGAAACUGGCAGACUAUGGCAAUGGAUACCAAAGGCAUAAAGGAGGCUAAAGAUACCGCAUGGGUUGCUCUUCUCUGAUGUACCUCCCUUUAUGCUUUUGCUCAACUUUUUGAUCUAACCCACUUUGUGUUUUAGGCUGGAUGGCUGUGUACAGUAUGUAAGUGUAAGUGUUGUGCUUUUUUUCAGUGCUUGGGUACGGGGUCAGGUAGGGUCUGCAUUAUUAGAGCUGUUUUCUAUCAUGUUAAAUACAUGCUUAUAUGUCUAGUUCAAUGCCAUCUUUUUAUUAUAUUUUGUAUGUCAUGACGAAUAUUGGGAAACAUCACAAACUCACCACAAAACUCUGCUAUGUCCCAUUUUGCGUAGCGCUGCUUUAUUUGCAGCUGAAAGCCUACAUUUUACUGCAUCAUGGGAAUUGAGGGAGUUCUCGAUGUGUAUGGUGGGCAUUUGUCAUGUUUUAUUCUUGCCAUGAUGUUGCUACAUUCAUGUAUGACCUUAUACAGAGUGUAUUGAGAACAAGACAGCAUGAGCAAGAGGAAAGUAAGUGUGGUUACCAAUUGGUUUUACUCUGAAGAAGGCACUUCCAAGGCACCCAAAACUGUAGCAUUCCUCAUUCCUAGCGCAUGUAUGAAAAAUGUAAAUGGCAACUAAGAGAUUAACCACUUUCCACCUAAAAAUCUCUUGUCCAUCAUCUACAGUGUGUUAAAGCAUAACAGAUUUCGAUUAAUAAGGCUAGCUGCAGCUUUUUCAUUAAUGUCUUUGAACAGAUAAGACUGUGCUUUGUACAAUUUGCCCUGCACGUUAUGUCCAUACCAUGACUAUAGACAGCAUUGUAGUUUUGUUUUGCUUUGUUUUACAUUGAAGUGUAGGUAGAGUGGGAAACAAUCAUUGGCAGAACACAGGUUAGUCGUUUCUCUGAAAGCACAAUCUUGGAGAUGCACAUUGCAAACUAAGUUGUAUGCUGUUUGUUGUUACAACACUCACAAUAAGUUUGGCAUUGCUAGUUUUACAGUUUGAGUUUUGCUCUAUAUUAUAAACAGUUGAUUCUUCUCUAUGGUUAAACUCAGUGAUUUACUCUGCUAUGUUCAAUGUCUACUUGUGAUCAAAAGGCAGCUUUUUCUCUGUUUACAUGUUGCUUCUCUUAUGCGCAACUAGUGCCCAGCUAGCAUAAAAACCUACUGUCUGGAAAGUAUUGGCACUGGGAAUUGUUUACACCUCGCAGCUGUGAUAUUGACUCUAUAUAUUCCUCUGUUAUAUCAUUCCUGUAUAUAUUUGUUAUCUGAAGCCUUAUCUGUUAAGACAGGGGUCCUCCUAAAACAACAUAUCCUUUAAAGAACUCUAUGAUCAAAUGUAAAUUAAUGCUACCCUGAUUUUUCUUCUUCAAUCCUCUUUCAAAGGAAUACAAAUAGACAGACCAGAACUUUAUUAACUUGAACUGGGCAUAAUAUAUGAUGUUCAAAUUAAAUGUUAUUUCCUCCAGGUUAUAUUUGGUAAGACUUUGGGCCGCAGAAGUAUUUUUUCUUUUUUUCAUAGUAAUGUUGUAAUGAGGACAGCCUUGUACAUUCUUUAAAUGAAGCAGCCAUAUGAACAAAAACAAUAGAGUGAAAGGUCUUCUGUCUGCCCUCCUUGUGAGUGAGGAGUUUACUUGAAUAUCAAAAUCAUUGCUAUUGUUUCCGAUUGCGGGGAUGUUUUUGUAAAUUUUGAAAACGCGUAUGCUAAAUGUCUAUUUUUCUGCUGAAAUGUUAAUGCAAACAGUUUUGUGAACUUUUGUGUGUUUUUUUAAUUUUAAAAAUGUUUACAAAGAUGUAAAAGAUAUGGUUCAGGUGAAUUGUAUUUUAUAAGAAAUAAUAUAUGAAAGGUGUAUAUUUUGGCACUGAAUACUGAAAUUAUCGAGAAACAUGUGCCGAUUGAUCAUCUCUGAUAUUGAUAACAACUUUCUGAUGUGAGGGCUCUCAGGUAUUUGCGUAGGUUGUGUAUUUUUACGUCCUAAAAUAUGUGAUUUAUUUAUCAAAAAGAUGCACAGUAAUUGAACUUGUUUGGUAAUUUCUCAUGACUUAAAUCAGUCCAACACUGAGUGUGGUGAAGGAAGUUAGAUGAUUGAUCAGCCCUGUUUUCAACAUCAAUGACAUAACAUGAAGACACACUGCUGUGAAGAAUAUAAUGUAUAUUUGUAAGGCAUGGGGUUCCUUCUAUUAAAGACAUGAUUUUA